AUGUCAUCGACUAUUUUAGCCGCAUUAUAUAAUUUGACAAAAAAAAAUGUUAAGUGGAUUUGGUCAAAAGAGUGCGAAUCAGCAUUUAAAAGAGCGAAAUCAGUUUUAAAAGAAAGUCAGUUAUUAGUUACUUAUAACCCAGAUUUGCCAUUAAUUUUGACGUGCGAUAGCUCUAGUUAUGGCGUGGGUGCAGUACUAAGUCAUAUAAUAGAUAAGGAAGAAAAACCUAUCGUGUUUGCAUCGAGUACAUUAUCGGCAGCUGAAAAAAAUUAUUCUCAAAUCGAUCUUGAGGCAUUAGCUAUUAUAUUUGGAAUAAAAAAAUUUCAUAAAUAUUUGUUUGGUCGAAAGUUUAUUUUAGUAUCGGAUCAUUUGCCGUUAAAGACAUUAUUUAAUCAAAACAAAAAUAUUCCAGUACAUGCUUCGUCAAGACUUCAGAGAUGGGCUAUAAUAUUAUCGGGUUAUGAUUAUGAAUUUCAAUAUAGAAAGGGGUCAAACAUAAAUAAUGCUGAUGCGCUAUCGAGAUUACCUAUAGAGGGAAAUAUUGAUGAAGAUUUAGGUUCAAUAAUGUUAGUUGAACAGUUACCAUUAACGUUUCACGAAAUAGCAAAGCAAACAAGUGAAGACGCUGUUUUAAAAAUAGUUUGUGAGCAGGUUAAGUCGGGUUGGGUUGGCCAUAAAAAUUAUAAAAACGAGUUAGAACCAUAUUUUCGUAGGAGGUCCGAGUUAUCAAUUGAAAAGGAAUGUUUAAUUAUAGGAAAUAGAGUUGUAGUUCCAAAUAUAUUAAGACAGCAAGUGUUAAAUAUUUUACAUAAAAACCACCCAGGUAUAGUACGAUCAAAAAUGUUAGCUCGAUCUUAUGUAUGGUGGCCAAAUAUAUAUAGUUGUAUUGAAAAGUAUAUAAAAUGCUGUUCACAAUGUCAGUUUAAUCAAAACGAUAAAAGUAAGAAGGAUAAAAUUUUUGUCCCCUGGCCGAAGUCAGAAAAACCAUGGCAGCGUAUACAUAUUGAUUUUUUGGACGUAUAUAAAAUUAAGUUAUUAAUUCUAGUAGAUAGUGGAAGUAAAUGGAUUGAAUGUUGGGCGUUAAAUAAUACAACCGCAGCAAUGGUAAUCAGAGUUUUAAGCCGUUGUUUUUGUACUUUUGGUUCGCCUGAAAUACUUGUGUGCGAUAACGGACCGCCGUUUGGUUCAAAAGAAUUAAAAACAUAUUGUAUUAAUAAUAGUAUAAGGUUAUUACAUUCUCCACCGUAUAAUCCGGAGUCAAACGGUUUGGCGGAGAGAGGGGUACAAACUAUUAAGAAGAUAUUAAUUAAGUCACUGUGUAAUGAGAGAGAGAUAACGAGAAUGCAAACGAAAAUAGACGAUAUAUUAUUGUCUUAUCGAAAUACACCGUCAGCUGACACAGGUUGUUGUCCAGCAGAAAUUAUGUUAAAUUUUAAGCCGAAAACACAAUUAACAGUAUUAAAACCAAAAAUAGGAGGGAACAUUAUUUUAGAGCACUCUGCAAUUGGAAAAUCGGAACAUUUUGAAAUUAAUGAAAAUGUGUUAGUAAAAAACCCACAAGCAAAAGGUCAAAAUUGGUUACCAGGUAAAAUUAUGAAAGAACUGAGUGGAUGCCGGUAUUUAGUGAUGAUGAAUGGAAGUGUGAAAAUGGUGCAUAUAAAUAAAUUAAAAUCUAGUAUGUUAAGCGAAGGAAUGCAUCAGAGUGAUUAA